GCUCUCUACCCGGGGACCGAGCACGACCGCCCACCCGUCCUGCCCUACAUUGCGGCUGGCCGACGCUCCGCUUAUCCUUGGGACUAGCACCCCAAUGUCUUGGCCCGGCCUUAUCCCCGGCUUUCACUUCCGGAACUUUGCUGCCGACGACAACAACAAACCGACAAAGCGAGCGGCAGGCACACUGCACUUGCAACUGAGACGCUGAGAGAACAUAAUCACUGCCUGCCCCGCCAUCCGCCGCCCGCUGACACUGCAAAUCGGUAGGAGAGAUGCUGUAGACAGGGCUCCCUCCUGGCUGGGCGCCCGCUGGCCAUGGAACGGUAGCUGCAGACUGCAGACUGCGGACUGCGGAAGAGAACCACUAUAGACGGGACGGGCCGGUGCAAUGUUUGUGAUGAGCAUUUGGGGCACCAGCCUGAGCCUGAGCAGCCGCAGCCUGGCCAUUGCUUUGGUACUUUGCGUUACGCUGUUGUACAUCUCCUACAGUUUCAAUGCCUGCCUGCUGGCCAGCAUCAGCCGCAGCCUCCAGCAGAGCAACUUACGCAACCUGCUGUCACUGACAUCGACGCCUCGCAACGAAAGUAGCAGCAACAGCAGCAGCAGCAGCAACGAUUCUGCCACACCCGCUUCUAAUCCAUCGACCAACAGCAGCAACACCACUAACAGGAGCAUCAGCAGUGUCCCAGCCGCUGUGGGGAUCGCGAACAGCUCGGAUGGCUCGCCCAAGUAUCAGUUGCUGAGGCAGCCGGGUCUGCGACCGUCACGACACCUGCCCGACACGCUCAUCAUUGGCGUGAAGAAGAGCGGAACGCGCGCCCUUCUGGAGUUCAUUCGACUGCAUCCGGAUGUGCGGGCGGCCGGCUCCGAAGUGCAUUUCUUCGAUCGACACUAUCAGCGUGGGCUGCGCUGGUACCGCCACCACAUGCCGUACACCAUCGAGGGACAGAUCACCAUGGAGAAGACGCCGAGCUAUUUUGUGACCAAAGAGGUGCCCCAGCGGGUCUACCACAUGAACACGGCCACCAAGUUGCUGAUUGUGGUGCGGGAUCCGGUGACGCGCGCCAUUUCGGACUAUACCCAGGCAGCCAGCAAGAAGGCGGACAUGAAGCGGUUCGAGCAACUAGCCUUUGUCAAUGGCAGCUACUCGGUGGUGGACACCAAUUGGGGGCCCGUGAAAAUCGGAGUGUACUCGCGCUACCUGGAGCGUUGGCUCCUUUACUUUCCGCUCUCCCAGCUGCUCUUCAUCAGCGGCGAGCGUCUGAUUAUGGAUCCCGCCUACGAGAUCGGACGCGUUCAGGACUUUCUCGGUUUAAAGCGUGUGGUCACCGAGAAGCAUUUUUACUUUAAUGCCACCAAGGGUUUUCCGUGCUUGUUCAAGUCCGAGGCACGAUCCACGCCCCACUGCCUGGGCAAGACAAAGGGGCGCAAUCAUCCGCAUAUCGAUCCUAAUGCCAUCGAGCGGCUACGCGAAUUCUACAGGCCAUUUAACAAUAAGUUUUAUCAACUGACGGGCAUUAAUUUUGCCUGGGCAUAGGAGUAGGAGUAGGGUCCCUACCUUCGAAGUUCAAGGAUUGGAGGGCAGUGGGAAAAGGCACCUUGUUGUUGCCCAAUGUGGCAACGGACUGAUAUUGUUGAUUGCAUUUUUUGAUACAUAUAAAUUGUACUUAUCUAGUAUACAAACACGUACCAUAUACGGAUAUAGCUAUUUAGAUGAUAUAUAUAUAUAUACAUAUUGUACACACACACACACACACUCACAUAUGUAUAACCGGAUCUCGCAGGAGGCGUGAGAUUAUUGCUCAAUUAUUGGUAGCUUUAUCAGAAGACAAAUUCAACGAUAAUGGUUCCUCUCUUCAAACUCGAACUCAAAUAAACCCAUGCACACACUAUAUACUCGAACAUUCUACAUAUACAUAUACCUAACCUUUGGUAUAUACCAUAACAUAUUAUAUACAACAUACUAUACUAGGUAUAUAAUACACCUAUAGAGAACAAAUAGAGCUUACUAUGAAAUUCCUA